AUGGCCACAGCCGAAGCCGCGUCGAGACCCCAUGACCGCCAGACCCCCCGCAAGCGGCCCUUUGCGGGCUGGAUGAGACGGCUUGCCAACCUCAAGCCCUCGUCCUCGGACAGCACCACGGGCGCUGCAAAGAAGCACGGCGCUGCCAAGAAGGCCUCUGCGAAGAACAACCCGUACCCAGAGUCCGGCCGCAUCAAUCCGGAUGCGCCCGGUCUCUCCUUUUCGACGCCCGACACGCCGCACUCUCACGAGAGCUUCACCUCCGAAGAAGCCGCCGCGCAGCAGCAGCGCCAGCAUGCAAAGAGCACCCGAUCGAAUGCGCCGACCGUGGCCACCAUGCCAGAGACGGUCCGCUCGCAGCGCUCCCAGGCAGAGACAGGGAACACCAACCAGAACGGCGGCAGCACCUUCUCGUCGCCCAAUGGGUCGGAGCACUCUCUCACCACCACCUUGACCACGAUCCAGUCCACUGCACCCUCGCAUAUCCUGGGCGCAGGCCAGACAACCCAGCCGGCUGUCACGUCGACGGGCCCGCCCGUACACUUCUCCCACCAGUUCCCCACCUCGCCUCCACCCCUGGCCAUCCCCCCGCAUCUGGCCCCCCAGCAGGGCCCCCACUCGUACCAUGUUGCUACAGCCAACAACGUGCUCUCCGAUGACGCCUCCAUAUUGACACUCGCAUCGUCUUCGAAACGCCGCCGCCGCAACUCCCUCGACACGAACGCCUCGAUGCGUGCAAUGGCUCCCUCGUCGCAUUAUGGAGGCAGUCGCGAGUCGCUACCGCUCAGCGUUUUGUCCGGCAACAUGGACACCAUAUACUCCCCUUCAGCCAGACCCGGCAAUGUGAAUAAUCUCUCCAACGCCAACGCGGAGCGAGCGAGUGUCUACUCUGUGUCCGGUGCAACAGGUCCCGCCCUUACCAGUGAACGCAACAGCUACUACGCGAGUAAACAAGCAGAUGGGCUCAGUGUACGAAGUGGAUUGCUAGGUCAUGGCCGCACUGAUAGUAUCAGCAGCAUGAGAGCCAUGCACACCGCUAGCCCACUAGCAAGCCCCCGCGAUCCUAUUCUGGUCACGAAAGUCAGCCGACGAAGCUCUGAAUGGAUUCCAGAUGCCAGAGAAGGGAGCGACGAAGAUGAGGAGGAACUACCAGCAGCGUCCGCUCUGAAAGAGGUAGAUGAAGAGAAGGAGGCUGGCAAAUCUCGAUAA